UCGUUCUCCUCCCAUUCUGCUCCUUCCUCCUCCCACAGUAGCUGCUGCUUCCCAGGCGCUCGGAGAUGGGCAGCGAGAGCGCGCGUAGCAGCAGCACCAGCUCCGGGGCCGCCGCCGCUGAUCUUCUCUUCCUUCGGGGCUGGACCGCGCGCCUUCCUCAGCACGCCGCCGCCACGCAGCCCUCGGUCUCCGGGUCAAUGGCGCUAUCCCCCUAGGAUGGAUUACUCUGUGCUUGGGAAGGGGAUCUUCAGAGAUCAACAAUGAACUUUUCAUGUGUGUGAUCCACGUGAGUGCAAAUUCCUUUGAAGGUAGAGCAAAGGACCUCUCUGGAAAUCCAUUAAGGAAGAGAAAUCAUGGCAAUGACAUCAAUGAAUUUGACUCUUGGUGCAUGUGAAUAUCUUGGAGAAGGUGACUGCUCAAUGCAAUAAAGAGUGAAGGAAGCAAAAGUUGUCUCUGGAUGAGGUAAUUUCAAGAUUUUUUUCAUUGCUGAUUGUGCCCAGGCUUCCAGAUUGUGUCAUUUUGGAUUUCAUCUUGAGGUCUUUUGCUUUUUCAUAAUGUUAUUCCAUUCCGUUCUGCAGCUUCUGAUGGAUGUAAAACGGAUUAUGAUGUAAGAGUUCAAGGAUUGGAUAAAAAAUUGGCAUCAUAUAAAAACCAGCCCUCUAUUUCUGCCCACUUAUAAUAAUCCAUGAUAUGUUCUUCAAAUUAAAAAAUUAUGACAUCGACAUCCAAAGGAAUUUUACGCCCAUUUUUAAUCACCUGCAUUAUCCUGGGUUGUUUCAUGGCAUGCCUGCUCAUUUACAUCAAACCCACCAACAGCUGGAUCCUUGGCCCCAUAGAGACAACCAGCUCUGUUCUGAAAAUGAAAAAUUUCUUUUCCAGCAAAACUGAUGAUUUGAAUGAAACCAUCAUAUUGAUUUGGGUAUGGCCUUUUGGGCAGACAUUUGACCUUUCAUCCUGUCAAGCAAUGUUUAACAUCCACGGGUGUCGUCUUACCACCGAUCGAGCCCUUUACAACAAAUCCCAUGCUGUUCUGAUUCACCAUCGAGACAUCAGUUGGGAUCUCACUAAUUUACCCCAGCAAGCUAGGCCGCCAUUCCAGAAAUGGAUUUGGAUGAACUUGGAAUCGCCUACCCACACACCCCAGAAGAGCGGCAUUGAACACCUCUUCAAUCUAACUCUGACUUAUCGCCGUGACUCAGAUAUACAAGUGCCUUACGGCUUCAUGACAGUAAGCACAAACUCCUUUUUGUUUGAAGUGCCAAGCAAGAAGAAACUGGUGUGCUGGGUUGUCAGUAACUGGAAUCCUGAGCAUGCAAGAGUCAAGUAUUACAGCGAGUUGAGUAAAAGCAUUGAAAUUCAUACCUAUGGACAAGCAUUUGGAGAAUAUGUGAAUGAUAAAAGUUUGAUUCCCACCAUAUCUACUUGUAAAUUUUAUCUUUCCUUUGAAAACUCAAUCCACAAAGAUUAUAUCACUGAAAAACUCUACAAUGCUUUUCUGGCUGGUACAGUACCUGUUGUGCUAGGUCCAUCUAGGGAAAACUAUGAGAAUUUUAUCCCGGGGGACUCCUUUAUUCAUGUGGAAGAUUACAGUUCUGCCAGUGAGCUAGCCAAAUAUCUUAAGGAGCUAGACAAAAACGAUAAGUUAUACCUCAGUUACUUUAACUGGAGGAAGAGCUUCACAGUGAAUCUCCCACGGUUCUGGGAAACACAUGCAUGCUCUGCUUGUGAUCAUGUGAAGAGACACCAAGAGUACAAGUCUGUUGGCAAUCUAGAAAAAUGGUUUUGGAAUUAACAUUUGCCAUCUCUUGCACACUUAGUAGAAGAUUCUGAUGGAAUCUAUUUCAAGCUGUGAUAAUAAAAAGAGAGACAUCAGUCUGUGUUCUGUGCCACAGCUGACUCAACCAUCCUCUCUUGGGUACCUUAUUUAUAUUUUGUCAGAGUUCUAAGAGAUCAACAUCAGCAGUCUUCAGCGCUCGAUUUUAAAUUAUACUGUAUAUAGCUAAUUAUCUGCACUGAAACAUAAUUUAUUGUUUACUAUCAUUUUUAAUCAAUGUUGGGUUUUUUUUCUUCCACAUUUGGGUUAGGUUGUUGGAAAUGUAAAUUUGUUAUUUGAUUGUUGUGGUUCUACAUUGAUCAGCUGUGUAAUCUAUUUGGAAAAGGAAGGCCCAGAUUAUGGUAUCAUGGAGGAUUUCCAUUUAAUUCUUUCCCCGGUAGUUUAAAUUUCCCACAGUGUAACAAGGAAGCAGUGUGUCAUAAUUGAAUUAAAAUUAAUCUUCUUGUAUUCCCAAGUUUAACAAAGGGCAUAGUUGCCUUUCUUUUCAUCUUAUCUGCAUACUAUGUUUAUGAAGGCAGAGUUAUUAAUGUAUUAAAAAGGGAAAAAGAACAAACUCUAACAGAGUAUUAGUGUGUUAUCCAGAAAGCCAACUGACUUACCAUUUAUUUCAUUAUGAUAACUUGCAACUGUAUAUUUUUACUCUCACGAUCUUCAGAUAAAAUUUUGGAGUACUAUUCACUCACAUUCUUGUGGUCCAGGAAAUAGCAUUUUAAUAACUUUUAAAUGUGAUACCAGACUGUUUCCACCUUGAUGAAAUAAUUACAACAAAAAAGAUGACUUUCCCCCCAGCAGGAAAAGAAAGGUGUAUAGAGGAUGUGCCAAUAAUAAUAACAACUGUAAAUGUUAUCUUAAUGUAAAAAAGUUUUACAUAUAAACCAAUAUAUUUUUUCUAUAAUAGCAUAUGUGAAUAACAUCUGAAUAAAUUUAAAGAUAUGCGUCAAUAUAGGUAAAUUAUGUGAAUGGGCAUUAUCUUUAUUGUGAAUAGGCCUAAGUAUCUGAGCAAAAUUCUUCCAUUUUUCAUUCAAGUAUUCCUUCUGUAUGUCAUAUUGUGGCCAUAGUUCCUAAGUGCUUUACAGAACUACAGAGAUGCCUGAGAAACAGGAGUCAAAUGUGAUCACUUGGCAUGGUUACAUCAUCUUUGAGGUUAUAAGUAAGAAGAGAGAAAGAGACAGAAGAAAAUGAGAGAGGAUGAACUGCAGAGAAGGAACCAAAGAAAUGUGUUACUGGAAGGCUCUGCAAUGCUUUCAUUCCAUCAGAGCUGUCCAGAAAUAGAAAUGGGACUGCAUCUGGAGGUUCUGAGUUCUCUAUCACUAGAGGUCUUCAAGUAAAAGCUGGAUGAUUUCUGGUCAGGGAUGUUGACUCUACUCAGGUACAGAUGAGGCUAGAUGACUUGGGGUCCUUUCCAGCCCAUGGGUUAUAAUUCACAUAUUUGUAUGUACUAUUGAAUGGAUUUUAAAUGAACAGUUUUGAUCUUAAUAAGAAAAUAGUAUAUUUCUCCAUUCUAAAUAGCUAACUAUAGAAAUUAAAAGGUUGUUAUGAUUCUGGCGGGGGUGGGGGGAGGCUUUUUUUUUAAAUUAUCUCGACUGUUUUUUUUAUCUUCUAACUGCUUUAUAUGGGAUAAUGGUGACUAUCUAGAUACCUGAGUUAAGAAAAUUUCACGGUAAUUUAUUUCAGGAUUUCGAAAUACAUAAGCUUGGAUAUUUGUUCUUAGGGUUUUCAUUAUUUGUCAUGUCAGAAAAAAUUAAAAUAUAAAGAGGAAGGAUUGCUGAGGUAUGUUUCAAAAAGGCCUAACUUAGGCUAAAUUAGACUUUCUUUGAGAGCUUAAAAACUAGACAUAAUAUCCUUAAAUCUAAUCUCUGCUGACUGAUAAUGUCCUUAUAAAUAUAGAGUGGAGUGGGGCGCUCUGGAGAUCAAGAGAGUUAGAUUCUAGUUAUCUCUGUUCCUGUCUGAUUUGGGCCAAGUUAAUCUCUAAGGCUGUGUUUAUGAUGGUGAAAUAACCAGGACCAAAACCCUUUGUUCACAUUGGCUCAUCUUUCCAGCUGAAUCACAUAGCCACAGCCUAGAAGCACCAGCUUUCCUGUUCCUAGUAUAACAAAAAUGGACCAAUAUUUCUGUUCUGUCUUGGAAUUGUUGACUUUUAUAAAUGGAAAAGACCUUAGAGAUCAUCUUUUAUGUUAUAAUCUUUGGAUAAUUUUAAGAUAAUAAUAAAAUUGUCUCUUAUUUUAAAGAAGAGAAUACUGAGUCUCAGGGAAGUUGUGAUUUGCCUACAAUCAUACAGCCAGAAAUGGCAGAGUCAAGCUAGAACCCAGAUUUCCCAAAUCCUGGUCCACUGUUCCUUCUGGUAAACCAUGCUGCCUUGAUUGUGCAGCUGUGCCUCAGUUUCUACAGAUGAAGAAAAUAUUUUAUUGAUACUAGUAGGCCCUACUCAAAUGAAAUCCUCUAUGUAGACACACUUUGACUUUUCAGAAGAAAAGUACUAAAUCUAAAAAUGUGUUCGUUGUCUUUCUGGAUAAGGUACUUUAGGAAAUAUUGUUUGUUUGUUAACAUGUGCUACCAAUACAUACAAAGGGAAAUACAAAUACAAAGGAAGGCAUUCAUGCUCAAAUAACUGAAUAAUGCCUGUUUGAAAUUCCUGUAAUAUUACACCUACUUGUGAAGGGUAUGUUGAUUCUUUGGCGUUGAUUGAUGUUAAUUUUUAAAUGACACUCUAAAAGCUAUAGAUGCUUUGUGAAUAUAAUGAUUUUUUAGACUACAGAAUUUUAGUGUUCUUGUUCCAAAAUGUUACGAAAGUUGCAUCUCUGGUGUUGUGAGGUUUCUUUGAAUCAUAUUUACUCUAAGGUCAUAAAACAAUGUUAGGAUGCCUUCAAUUUUCUAAAACCAGCAGCAGCACUAUAAUAUAAAAAGAACCCAUAAUAGGCAUAACUUUGACAGGCUUAAAUCUAAGCUGCCAAAAAUAAAAUCAGAAGAGAAGACCAAUGUAGAUCUAAAACACUGAUCUUUACUAUAAAAGUACCAAUGCCAAAACAGAAUAUUAGAUAACAUCAUCAGAGCCUUAGAAGGCCCAUGGCACUUUAUAGGCUAGCUCAAGUGGAGGGGCAUAUAGGUAUUACUGGUUAAGGCAUUUAUUUCUUUGACUUUCAGCCUCCCCAGUCCUCACUCUGCACCUCAGGUCAUUGCAAAAGCUUUGUGAGGAGAUCAGAAAAUUAUGUUAGGUAGGAAUAACUAUUUGACUGCCAUUUUUCAAACUACCUACCAAGAUAUUAAGGAGAGGUACUGAGAAGAGAACUAAGAAUUGGUUUAUGGUUCAGAAAUUAUGUUUUGUCCCUUUUCUAAUGAGACAGUCUCAGUUUAGAGCCCGUCUCUGAGAUCCACUGAACUUUCACAAUGAAAUUUCAUCAAGAUGUAAAAUGCUUAACAUUUUAUAUGACUUUAAAUAAUAAAAUAACCUACAACAUUUGUGUCAGGAAGGAUAUAGAAUGGGUUUUCAUUUCUUCAGGGGAUUUUUAAAAUGAAAUGUCACAGUUCUGAUCUACAUGUAUUAAAUGUAAGUAAUGUUUCACAUUUUAUUUAGUAAGUUACAUUUCCGUUUGGCCAAUCAAUGUCAUGGGAGGGUAAGAUCAACUCUUGCUUGUAAAUAGUUCAUGUUUUGCCAAAACACUUCAGAAUGACUGACUAAAACACUAUUUAUUUUGCCUACUUGUGGGCGUUGAAUGAUUAUUUUAAGUUUCUCUGAUAUGUGAUUAGAGUAUAACAAUAGACACUCCCAUAUCAUACAAGAUGUUGCUGUUUAGUAUUUUCAGUCGCAUCCAAUGCUUUUGUGACCUCCAUUGGAGUUUUCUUGGCAGAUACUGGGAUGUUUUGCCAGUUCCUUCUCUAGCUCAUUUUACAG